GUGCAUCGCGCUUCCCUUUCCAGCAGCGCCUGCGAACAUGGCGGACGUGGUUGCGGAGCAGGUAGCGGACCAGAUACCAGUCCCGGACCGGGAGCAAAACGGGGAGGUGGGGGACAGAGCCGAGGCCGACCCCGUGGGAGAGACAGCAAAAAAGAAGAAGAAAAAGAAGAAGAAGACCAAGUCCGCAACGACAGGCGCCGAGGAGGAGGCUGACGGAGUGGUCGAAGUGGUCAAACAGCUGGAAAAGCAGGCGAUAGUAGACAAAGAGAACGAGGAGGACGGCGAGGAAGACGGAGAGGAUGGAGAAAACUCAGCAGGGAAGAAGAAGAAGAAGAAAAAGAAGAAGAAAGGACCCAAAUGUCAGACUGAGAUCCCAUCUGUGCCCAUCUGUGAUUUGUACCCGAGCGGAGCUUUCCCCAUCGGACAGGAGUGUGAAUACCCGACCUUACAGGACGGUCGCAGCGCCGCGUGGCGUACGACCCACGAGGAGAAGCGGGUGCUGGAUAAGGCCAACGAGGAGGUCUGGAACGACUUCCGACAGGCGGCCGAGGCGCACAGACAGGUCCGCCAGCACGUCCGCGGCUUCAUGAAACCCGGCAUGACCAUGAUCGAGAUCUGCGAGCGAUUGGAGGACUGCUCUCGCAAGCUGAUAAAGGAGGACCGGCUGAACGCCGGCCUGGCCUUCCCCACCGGCUGCUCGCUCAACCACUGCGCCGCCCACUACACGCCCAACGCCGGGGACGCCACCGUGCUGCAGUACGACGACGUCUGCAAGAUCGACUUCGGCACGCACAUCAACGGCAGAAUCAUCGACUGUGCCUUCACCGUCACCUUCAACCCGCGGUACGACAAGCUGCUGGAGGCCGUGAGAGACGCCACCAACACCGGAAUCAAGAGCGCCGGCAUCGACGUGCGUCUGUGUGACGUCGGAGAGGCCAUUCAGGAGGUGAUGGAGUCCUACGAGGUCGAGCUCGACGGCAAAACGUACCAAGUGAAACCGAUCCGAAACCUCAACGGCCAUUCCAUCGGUCAGUACCGGAUACACGCCGGCAAGACUGUGCCCAUCGUUAAAGGGGGAGAGGCGACCAAGAUGGAGGAGGGAGAGGUUUACGCCAUCGAGACGUUCGGCAGCACGGGUAAGGGGAUGGUGCACGACGACAUGGAGUGCUCCCACUACAUGAAGAACUUUGACGUGGGCCACGUCCCCAUCAGGCUGCCCCGAGCCAAGCACCUGCUGAACGUGGUCAACGAGCACUUCGGCACGCUGGCGUUCUGCCGCCGCUGGCUGGACCGCCUCGGCGAGACCAAGUACCUGAUGGCCCUGAAGAACCUGUGCGACCUGGGCAUCGUGGACCCCUACCCCCCGCUGUGCGACACCAAGGGCUGCUACACCGCGCAGUUCGAGCACACCAUCCUGCUCAGGCCCACCUGCAAGGAGGUGGUGAGCCGAGGGGACGACUACUGAUGCUCCGGGCAGGACGACCCCCCCCCUCCCCUCCCCUCCCUUAACAACGACACACCCGCCUUCACCUCCGUCACACAGCGCCUCCAGACGCCUCCCUCUCGGUAAAUAGAGCCUCGUAAAAGAGAAAAGGGGAGUGAUGCCAAACGCCGCUGUGUCCUACCCACAGUGCAGCGGUUCUGUAACAUCGCCACGGCAACCGCGCCUCUGCGGUCUGAGCAAGGAGCUGUCGGCGUCCCGCGUUUUACGUAAAUAAAAUGUUUAUUUAAACUGCCGAGUAUUCAGAGAGACGGUGAGCCUCCCUUUCUUUUUAUUUUCUCCUCCGGCUUCACUCUGAUUCGCCGGUUCAAUCCACGCCAAACUCUGCCGGCGGGUUUGAGCGCGUCGCCAAAUCUCUGCAAACGCACAACUCCCAACAAUUAUAGCUUUGGGUGUUAAUAAAUCCUCACGCAGCUGUAUGUUCUCUUGCAACCAGGUGGUGGGUGAGGAGGGGGGGCCUCUAUUCGAUGUUUCUUUGAUAUUGCAGAAUAUCUUUGAAAUUGUCGCUGUCGCAAAAAAAAGCUUGAUUUUUUUUUUUCUCCCCCUGAAAAUGUUUUUGUAAGAAGAAAAAGAAAAAAAAAAAGGAUUAAAAUGGUUUUGCUCAUCUUG